AUGAAACUGGUUCUCGUGACUUGCAUGGCCCUCCUUGCAGGCCUCGCUGGUGCAGAAAAUGUCUCGCAAAAGAGAGACGACAAGGGCGUCAUCAAGAUGAAGCUUGAUCACUUGAACAGGAAAGGCUACUUGGUGGAGAUGAGGUUUGGCUCAAACAAGGAAAAGGCAUCGCUUUGGCUCGAAACCUCGUCCUCGGACAUUUGGUUGCCCUCCUCUGGAGUCAAUUGCACCAGUUCCGAUUCCGAUUGUGAGUCCCUUGGCUCUUUCAAUUGGGCACAGUCAUCAUCCUUCCAUGACAACGUUACGGCUCACAAUUUCUCAUACUAUUUUGAUCCCGACUCUAUCCAAGGAAUCUGGGGGUAUGACAAUGUCGUUGUUGGAGGUGUCGAGGUGAAGGAUUUGACCUUUGGAGUUGCUCAAGAGUCUAUCUACUCUGGCGGGGUCUGUGGCAUUGGGAAAAAAGAAAAAGAGCUGAACCUCCUCUAUGUCAACGAAACGGCUUAUGAGAACUUGCCCCUCAAGAUGAAGAGCCAGGGCUUGAUCAACAAGGCUGCCUAUUCGAUUUUUUUGAACUCGAGCGAUGCCAUUGAAGGGCAGCUUUUGUUUGGUGGAGUGGAUCAUGCAAAGUAUGAGGGACAGCUCGUGACUCUACCAAAGGCUAGCAACGGACCAUUUCUGGGACCCUUCGUCGCUAUGGACUAUCUCUACUUUAACGAGAACCCUUCUAUGAGCAACAAGACCAACGUGACGCAGGAAAUCCCUCCACCAUACCGAGCAAAGAUUAACGUGGGGGUCGAAUGGUCUAAUCUUCCCCAUGACAUUUUUCAACAGUUUGCUGUCAAUGUUAAUGCCACCUGGAACGAUACUUCGUCCUUGUGGAACGUUCCCUGUGAUUCUGCAUCGUUAAUGACGGUCGGGUUCGCUUUCAGCAACAUUUCCAUUGAAGUUCCCUUGACUGACUUGAUCUACUCCCCAGUCAACGGCACGUGUGUGUUGACAGUCUUUCCCUUCUAUAAUGAUGAGAGCAUGUCUUACAUUUCCUUGGGCCACAACUUUUUGAGACACGUCUACGCUGUGUUUGACAUGGAAGACGAUACCGUGUCUAUUGCCCGGGCCAAGUAUACCGACGAAGAGGAUAUCGUAGCCUUCUCGGGGUCUAUUCUGAGCAACAGUACUGCCAUUGACUCCUCUGACUCCUCCAACCCUGGCUCUUCUUCCGUCGCUGCUCACAGCCAACCCGCAAAGUCUUCGUCCAAGAACGAAGGGAUGGUUCACGGGACCAGUAUUUUGGGAUUCGUUGCAAUCUUGUUGGCCCACCUCUCCAUCUUUUAA